AUGGAAGACCAUGGAGGAAGCAAGGUAACUGGAAUCAGACAAAUUGUUAGACUCAAGGAAUUCCUCCAAAAGUGGCAAAAUGUCACACUUGGAACGAAGGAUGGUGAUGCUAGUAAUACGCAAUGCGACAACAAUCAAAGCCGCGGAGGAAUUUCACCUGCAAUAUCUAGGAGGCUGAUGAGUUGCAAUGUCUACUGUGAUUCCGAUGAGGAUGGUUGCGCGAGUCCUGAACCACCCCACGAUGUCCCCAAAGGAUACUUGGCUGUUUAUGUUGGCCCUGAGCUUCGGAGGUUCAUCAUUCCCACUCGCUAUCUUAGUGAUCCAUUAUUUAAGGUGCUGCUAGAAAAGGUUGAGGAGGAGUUUGGUUUUGAUCAUAGCGGCGGCCUCACUAUCCCGUGCGAGACUGAGACCUUCAAGUACCUCCUGAAAUGCAUGGAAACUCAUCAGAGAGAUCAGGCUGAGGCUGAACACAACCAUGAUGAUGCAGCUGGAACAUCAUCUCCUGUUGAGGAGUGACUACAACAGUGUCAUAGGAAUGGUCCCAGUUUUUUUAGGGGCUGAUGAUCUUCUG